AUGGAUAUGGAUCCAGCUUGUCUUUCCGAAGACGAGGUGAGCUAUGAGCUGGCGCUACGUCACGUAGCCAAUUUAAGUUCUCUUCCUAGAAGAGCAAAAGCGUUGAGGCUUCGGCAAAUUAUGCUAGAAGAUAUGAGAAACAAUAAAAUUUAUGACAAUUCUUCACACAUUAUGGAUGCGGAGCAAAACAUCCGCGUAUGUCAAGAUCGCGUAGAUAACUUGCUGCAAAGAUUAAAAGUAGCUUUUAAAUCCGCGGAUUACCAAUUCAUGCGUCAAGCAACCUCGCGUCUUAUUCACUAUCGUGAACGUUUAGCGAUAGUGGAACCACCUUCAAAACUAAACGAUACGUACGCAACACUGACUCUUCUAAUCCAAUGUUCGUUAGAGGACAUUGAAGACGUGUUAAAUAACCCGCGAAAAAAAGCAAGUGGGCAAGUGCAAAGUGCUAGUGAGGAUUAUGGUGCAGCAGCAGUGGAUCUGAACGUAUCCCGGGCCGGCUCGAGCAGAACAGGAACUAUUCCAAAGCCUUCCAGGAACAGGACCUCAACCAGCUUGAAUCAGCCAGUCGACACCGGGAAGGAGCAACCAAUGCGCAGGACAUCACAAUCGGAAGACAACUCAUUCAGUUCAGGCCGCGAUAGCACGUACCUAGGGAAUUCACCAUGGGUGAGCGGAGCUGCUGCAGUGGAAGAAUCCGUGCCGAGGAGGCAACAGCAGAAACAACGGAUCUCGGACCGAGAGCGCAACACAUAUGAAUCACAGCAGACAGCAACAUACCUACGAGACGCUGAAGAAAGCAAUUUUGGCCAGCAUCGUGGACCUAGAAUCAGCGAGAAACUUGGAUAUCCGGACGACGAAUCUGCUCCUCCUCCGUACGCUCUUAGGGAACGAGUGGAUGAAGCAUCGGCGCGGAAUGAAUACAGCCGAUUAAGGGAUGAGUUACUAGAGCGAUUCAUGCGACGGGAGCAGGAAGCCUACCAGCAGCAGCGUUGGGAAGACCGACGUUCUUCGAGCAAGGCAAUUCACAAUUGGCAGAUCUUCUACAAAGGCGAAAGAGAUGGCACAUCAUUGAACGAGUUCAUUCAAAGCGUGGAGGUGUUCGCAUUGUCCGAAGAAGUUCCUGAGCAGGUGCUAUUGCAGAACAUCAAGCACUUACUGAAAGGCGAUGCUUUGAAGUGGUAUGCUAGAGCGUUUUUGAGAGGCGAUUUGAGGUCUUGGGGAGAUUUCAAACGGUUGAUCCGAGGAGAGUUCUUACCAAGCAGCUACGCAUAUAUUUUGAGGGCUGAGGCGUAUCAUCGGCUCCAAGGAGAACAAGAAACCUUUAGCGAUUUCUUCGCGGAUAUCUCAACACUGUUUAGUUACGCCAAUCCUCCUGCAACGGAUAGAGAGAAAUUGUUUAUCAUCAAGAAGAAUAUGAACUCUACAUAUGCUCCGGUUGCGGCAGCACAGCAAGCAGCAUCGGUUGAACAACUAGUAGAAGCAUGCAAGGAAUUCGACGAGCUUAGAAAGCUCCAACGGCUUCAGCGGCGAAUGCUACUUCCUGCAGCAUCACUGUUAGAACCAUCGCUCGCUACACCAGUGCCAGUACAGCGCGCUAAUCGCAAUGCUCCGUUGAAUCAGCGCUACGGAAGAGUCAACAUGCUAGAAGAAAUUAAUAGUCGCAGAAAUGAAGAAGCAAUGAGUUCGUACGGUGAACCGUCGGUGAUCGACAGUAACAACAAGGUGGAAGAACGUUUGGAGGAUCUGAUUCAUCAGGUCGACGCAUUGAGGAUACCGGAUUUUAACAAUGUCAACUCUUUAGUCAUCAAUCUCGACAACGACAAUCGACCGCAUGCAGUAAUUGAAGUCCUGGGAAAAAGCAUAACUGGCCUUUUAGACAGCGGGGCGAACUGUUCGCUCCUAGGAGGAAGCUAUGUACAGCUAGUGGAACAGCUAAAAUUGCGGAAAGGAUCGUUGGCUGGAGGAAUUAAGACUGCAGAUGGAACGGAGCAUCAUUUUCAAACGUUUGUUCGUCUACCUAUCGCAUACAAUGGAAAGACACGAAUAAUCCCAGUAUUGCUGUUACCGACUUUGCCGGAUUGCGUGAUUCUGGGGAUGAACUUUUGGAAUGAAUUCGGGGUCAAGGCAAUAUGCUGUAGCAUGAAGUUACAAGACGAAGUUCAAGGCGACGAUGAAGAGGAGGUCAGCAACGAUGUGACGAUUAAGAGGCAUCAACAGAAGCAGUUGUCACCGGAACAAUCAGUCGUGCUAGAAGCAACAGUAGCGAACUUCCCAACAGCAACAGACGGUCGUCUGGGUCGUACACAUCUAUACACCCAUCGCAUUGAAAUCAGGGAUACUCAGCCGAAGAAGCAGCGUUACUAUGUCAUGUCAAAAUACGUUUUGGACGAGGUAAACAAGGAAGUGGACCGAAUGAUAAAGCUAGACGUUAUUGAAGAAGCUCGCUUUUCGCCGUGGAACAACCCGCUGGUAGCCGUGAAGAAGAAGACGGGCCAAUAUAGAGUGUGUCUGGAUGCUCGCCACCUAAACUCCAUCAUGAUCAAUGAAGGUUAUCCCAUCCCACAGAUAGCAGCAAUUAUGAACAACCUCAGCGGCUGCAAGUUCAUUGCAUCGAUAGACUUGAAGGACGCAUUCUGGCAAAUACCUCUUGAAACAGCUUCAAGGCAACUCACGGCAUUUACGGUACCUCAGCGAGGCCACUUUCAAUUUAAGGUGGUUCCUUUCGGAUUGUGCACCGCUAGCCAAGGACUGGAGAGAGUGAUGGUGACCAUCUUCGCGGAUAUGGAACCAAAGGUCUUCCACUACCUUGACGACAUUAUUGUGUGUUCGGAGACCUUUGAAGAGCAUAUAAAGUUACUUGAAGAAGUGGCCAAGAGACUUCGUGCAGCUAAUCUGACAAUUUCUGCUGAAAAAUCCUGUUUCUGUAGGAAGGAGAUAAAAUACCUGGGAUAUGUGUUAAACCAAGAUGGUUGGAUGGUAGAUCCAGAGAAAACAAGCUGUGUAGUUAAUUUUCCGAUUCCAACAACCAGGAAAGAGGUGCAGCGCUUCAUCGGCAUGUGCAACUGGUAUCGUCGGUUUGUAGCAGACUUCUCGGAGAUAGCGGCGCCUCUCACGGAGCUUACCAAGGUGAAGCACAAGUUUCGUUGGACGGUUGAAGCAGAAGAAGCCUUUCUACGACUCAAAUCAGCCUUAGUAUCUACACCGAUUCUUGCGCCACCGGAUUACACGAAGCAGUUUGCGAUCGCUUGCGAUGCGAGUGAUGUAGCGAUUGGAGCAGUACUCACGCAAGAAACUGAUGGUCAAGAGCAUCCAAUAUGCUACUUCUCACAAAAAUUAUCGACAGCAGAGCGGAAAUAUUCGGUGACGCAGCGGGAGUGUCUGGCAGUGAUCAGAGCUAUCGAGAAAUUCAGAGGAUACGUAGAAGGCGUUCAUUUCAUCGUGUACUGUGACCAUUCCGCGCUUAGCUACCUCAAGACGAUGAAAAAUCCAACAGCGCUGAUGUGCAGAUGGCUUAUCCGGUUAAACGCUUUUGACUUCGAGAUACGCUACAGAAAGGGUUCGGUAAACGUCGUUCCUGAUGCGCUGUCAAGGAUUGUGGACACGGUGACCUUAUUAGGGGCAGACAGCGUAGAUGAGUGGUACGAAGCGGUGAUGAAAGGCGUCAGAGAAAAUCCAGACCGUUUCGCGGACUACCAGAUCAUCCAAGGAGAACUGUACAAGAAUUGCUCCUACAAAGAUGAAUCGGGAUUAACCUCACAUCGGUGGAAAAAAGCUGUACCUAAGGCAAGCCGCGAGGAAAUAAUGCAGAAAAACCAUGACGCUCCUUCAGCCGCUCAUCUGGGAUUCCAAAAAACAUUCCAAAGGGUUCAAGCGCACUUUUACUGGCCCAAGAUGCGCGAAGACAUAGCGCAAUACGUCAGAAGAUGCACUACCUGUAAAGCCAGCAAAGCACCGAACUCAAAAAUGAUGCCGAAAAUGGGGAAACUGAAACCAGCUCGUAUUCCUUGGGAGCUCAUAUCGGUAGACUUCGUCGGUCCUCUGACGCGUUCGCGCUCCGGCAAUACAGUAAUGUUGGUUGUAGUAGAUUGGAUCACAAAAUACAUCGUCGUUCACCCCAUGAAAUCGGCAGACUCUACGAAAAUGGUGGAAUUCCUGGAGAAUCACGUAUUCCUGAAAUUUUCCCGGCCCAGAAUAAUACUCUCGGAUAAUGGCAAGCAGUUUACUUCGUCGGUGUUCAAAACUCUGCUGAACAAGUACCGGAUAGAGCACAUGCUGACGGCUUUUUACUGUCCGAUGGUCAACAACGCUGAACGAGUGAAUCGGGUACUCAUCACAUGCAUAAGGGCAUUGAUUGACGAAGAUCAUAGAAGCUGGGAUGAGCAUCUACCAUCAAUCUGUGCCGCAAUAAAUAGUGCGCAGCAUGAAAUAACAGGAGUCAGUCCACACGUUGCGAACUUCGGAAAAGAAUUGAUCCUACACACCGAUCUCUACGUCCAAGAAGAUUUGAACACAAACGAAGAUCCGAAAGUCGCCUUAGACCUCCGUCUAUCAUCAAUGAAGCGCAUCCAAGAAUUUGUGGUAAAGCGCAUCCGUAGCAACCAUGCUAAGUCAAAAAUCCGGUACGACUUACGCAAGAGAGCAGUAGAGCUCAAGGUAGGAGACUUGGUAUGGCGCAGAUCGUUUACACUAUCAUCGAAGGUAGACCACAUUACACGCAAACUGGAUCCAAAAUUCGUGCCAGCAGUGGUGAAAGAAGUCCUUGGGACCAAUCUCUACACCCUAGAAGACGUCGCAAGCGGAAAACGAGGUCGAUACCACACGAAAGACAUCAAGGCGGACUAG